AUGCCACAACCAAAGUCGACCAUUGGCGACGAGCAUUCAGCUCCAGACCUAGAAAUUGUUGGUGACAAAGUCACAAUUCAUCCGUCUGGGUUCACCAGUGGUCCCACUGCCCGCGAUGACACAAUCACCGAACGAAACCUCGUGCGCCACAUGGCACGAUUCCGUGAGAAUCCUCUUGACUUUUUCCGCGAAGUCAGCCUGUACAUGUCAGGUUCAGGCUGGCGGGCAUAUGAUGACGUGAUUGGGCAACCGGUGUUCUAUUCUGGAUUUGGAGAGAGAAUGAAAUCCUUGAUCCUUUCCAGUUCAAUGCUGCAGGACAAAGUUCGAGAACUUGCCAACACUCGGCUUGCAGUGGAGGAAAAAGAAGGGUUGCUGGCCAUCAAAGAGGGCGCGAAUCUGGAUGAGAAACGUGCACGUCGGCGGAAUGAGCUCGAAGGUGGUCUUCGUGAAGUUGUUGACACGAUGUUGGACAACAUGAUAUGCAAGAUGGAAAGCAAGACAUUCAUUAGAGGUGCAUACUACCUGUGCACUCAACUUUUGACUCGGGCAUACCACCAGGGUAUCCAUGUGUCCAGCGAAGAAGUGUUGCGUCUUCGAUCAGUUGCCGAGACUGCGGCAAAGAACAAUCAAUCCAUUGUCUUUUUACCCUGUCACAAGUCGCAUGUGGAUUAUGUGUCACUUCAACUCAUCUGCUAUCGCCUGGGUAUGGGUCUUCCCGUGGUCGUUGCGGGCGACAACCUCAAUAUUCCUUUGCUGGGACCAUUCUUGCAACAUGCAGGUGCCAUGUGGAUUCGACGUAGCUUUGGAAACGAUCCCCUCUACCAGACAGUGGUGCAAGCGUAUAUUGACACGCUCUUACAGCAAGGGUUCAAUUUCGAAUGCUUCAUUGAGGGUGGUCGUUCGAGGACGGGAAAGCUUCUUUCACCAAAAUUCGGUAUUCUUAACUUUAUCGUUGAUAGCGUUCUCUCCGGUCGUGUCAAAGACACCAUUAUUUGUCCAGUCAGCACGCAAUAUGAUAAGGUCAUUGAGACCGAAUCCUACAUCAGCGAGCUGUUAGGCCAACCCAAACAGAAAGAAAAUCUAGCUGAUCUUCUUUCGUCCUCCUCGGUCCUGUCCUUGAAACUGGGACGUGUCGACGUUCGCUUCAGCCAGCCAUGGAGCCUGCGAGAAUUCUUAACCCAGCAGCUUUCACGACUGGAUCAUUCUGACAUUGGGUAUGGGCUCAAGCUAGAUUAUGCCGAACGUGGCCGCAUCCUACGAACGCUUGGCUAUCGGGUUCUGUCGGAGAUUAACGACGUUUCUGUCAUGAUGCCGCCCGCCCUUGUGGGAACGGUACUACUGACAUUGCGUGGCCGUGGUGUUGGCAAGGGCGAGCUGGUGAGGCGUUUGGAUUGGCUGUGCGACAGAGUGCGAGCGAAGGGUGGCCGUGUGGCUCACUUCUAUCGCUCCCCGACAGAGGUGGUGGUAGAUCGUGCCUUGGACGUUUUGGGUCCAAAGCUCGUUGGUGUGGUUCCGGGCCUAGCUGAGCCGACCUAUUAUGCGGUUGAUCGCUUCCAAUUGUCCUUUUACCGCAACAUGCUCAUUCACCUUUUUAUCACGGAGGCUUUGGUGUCGGUUGCGAUGUACACAAAGAUCAAGCAAGGCGGUGGUCCAGACAACCAGCGGAUCACGUUCGAGGCCCUGAAAGCUCAGGUUUCAUUCCUUUCACAGCUUUUCCGCGGUGAAUUCAUUUUCCCUCCCGAAGGCCUAGUCAACAACUUGGAGAAGACACUACGAAGCCUGGAGGCAGAUGAUGUGAUUAGUAUCGCCCGCGAUGCUAGCAAUGUGCCACAGUUUGUAGAACUCAGCGAGGCCGAGCGAAUUUGUGGUCGCGAAAAUUUUGACUUUUAUUGUUUCUUGAUCUGGCCCUUUAUCGAAGCUUCAUGGCUCGGUGUCGUGUCCCUACAGGGCCUCACACCUCCUUUGGACUGUCCCACAGAUAUUUGGAUCGAUAACAAGAAGGCUCAGGACAGUGCUCAACUGCUCGGGAAGACUCUUUAUCACCAGGGCGAUCUUUCGUACUUUGAAGCAGUGAACAAAGAGACGCUCAAGAAUUCCUACCAGCGCUUUGAGGAGGAAGGUAUCAUUCUGGUGGCCCGGAGCAAGGAAUCCCGCGCUGGCCCAUCCAUCAAACUUGCUCCAGAGUGGACACCUGAGCGGGAUCCCGAGACCGGAAAGGUGAUUCCUCGCGGUCGUCUUUGGGACUUUACUGAAUUGAUUGCGCAAUCACGUCGGGAAGGCAAAAAUCGUCGGGAUGGCGCUACGGUUUCUUCUCGAGUUCUGACCAUGUCCGACAGAGUCGGACGACAGCUCUUUUUUACCGCUGCUGCCCCAGCCCCGGUUGACGUAUCCUCGCGACAGAUGCGUCGCAAAGCGAUCGGUACGGACUCUAAGCUGUAG